AUGAAAGCUAGUCAAAUUUUCUAUAUAUCUGCCGCUCUAUUAACCUGGUUAUUGGAGGCCAGCUAUGUGAAAUUAACAAAUGCCGUUUGCGAGUCAUACAAUAAAUCUUGGGUUUUAAUCAACAAUUGCCGUCUAAAGGCUGUGGAACGUCGAAAGACGGUAUUAAACAUUAAUAUCACUCUCUUAUACCCAGCAAAUGAUAUACGACUGCAUAUUCAGUUAAUGAAAAAGGCAAAUGGAUAUAAACCAUGGCUGGUUAACUACACAAUUGAUGCCUGCCAGUUUAUGCGUAGACGUAAUCAUCCUGUGGUCAUCAUAUUCCACAAUCUCAUCAAAAAUGUAUCCACCGUCAAUCAUACCUGUCCCUAUCAGGGUGUACAGUUGUUAAAGGACUUUUAUCGUGUUGAUGAUUUACCACUAGCAAUGGUGGGAGGUGAGUACGUUUUGCUCUUAACAUGGAUAAUGAAUAAAAGAUCUCAAUUCAUGACAAAUGUCUAUUUUUCCUUCGAGGAGUGA